AUUUGCUCCCAGUCCACUGGGGUGACCGGGAUGACCACUCGGGACAUGUGCACCUGACCAUGGCCGUGCAAGUGGCAUACCCCCCCGGUGUCAGACGGUGACGAGAAGUCGUUGAUGUUCUCGAGAGAUCCCAACUUCAGACUGGGUGAAGUGGUGGUUCUGCUGGAGGUGCACGAUCGGCUGGAGUCCACAGAAUGUAUAAUGUAAAUGGACGUACUGAAGUUCUGGGUCCGAGCCGGGCUCACGGGAACAGAACCACCACCGCUGGAGGAGCUCAAACAAGGAGAGAAAGCGGGGAUUUAAGGCCGGGGCCGUCCCUUUCUACGAUGACCGAUAUGGAGACGGGGAUGCUCGGUGGGCAUACACUGAAAACCCUCGGCGGCAGUGGCGGAACUGCCCCAGCUGUUACUGGACCUCCUCCUCCUCCUCCUCCUCUAUCAUCAUCAUCAUCAUCAUCAUCAUCAUCAUCAUCAUCAUCAUCCCACCACCACACACCUCCGCCGUUCAGCCACUUUUUUCAGCAGCAGCACCACCAGCGGCAAACCCACAACAACAAAAACAACAACAUAAACAACAUCCAGCGGGGCCAGGGAGAGAGCAGCGGGAACAGACAACGCCAUGGAGGAGAAGAAAACAUCCUCCUGGUGGGGAACAGCCGAGCAGAAGAGCGCCACCACCAGUACCACCUGAACAAGAGUCAGGAGGAGGAGGAGGAGGAGGAGGAGGAGGAGGAGGAGCAGCGGAUGGAUGCCAGCCUGGGAUCAGCCACCAGCACCACCAACAACAACCCUCCUCCAAGUGGGACCAGCUCCGAGUUUAAUCAUUAUUAUGGGAAUGGAAGAGGAGGGCCUUGCUUUGAUCAACAUGGCGGACAACAAAGCCCAGGGACUGGGGUAACAGCGGCGCUCUCGGUACACAAAACCAUGGACCAGGUUCAGAACUCCCACGAAGGCUAUAACAACAACAGCCCGUACAACCACUACCCGAACUAUCGACCCGGCUACGGGACUAGUGGAUACGGAGGUAUGAUGAGUCCCUCACGCCAGGGGAACAAUCUGAUGGGCCCGGGCAGCGGUAGCUCGGCCGCUGCUAACCACAGCAAAGCGGUUAUGGCUGCUACCAGCUCCCCGGCUGGAGGUGGAAGCGGCGGCGGCAACACCGGAGGAUUUCAGCGGUUUCCUGGACAGGGUCAGCAGCAGCAGCACCCGUCCGGGGCUACACCGACUUUGAACCAGUUAUUGACGUCUCCGAGCCCGAUGAUGCGGGGCUAUGGAGGUGGAUAUCCAGACUAUAAUAAUCCCUCAGCACAGCAGCAGCCGAGCAUGGGGUUGGCUAAAGACAUGGGUUCCCAGUACGGCUCGGCUGCUCAUGGCUGGGGAGGACAACAAAGAAAUCACCCAGCCAUGAGCCCGGGGAAUAACGGGCAGGGAAGCGGCAGGUCCCAGGUGCCGGCCAUGGACCCGAUGGCGAUGAAGCGCUCUCAGCUCUACAGUAUGAGCAACAACCCGUACUCCCAGCAGCAGCAGGGGGCGCCGUACCCCGGCCAGCCCUACGGCUCUCCCUCCCCCCACAGAUACCCGAUGGGGAUGCCCGGCAGAGGGCAGAUGGGGAUGGCAGGGAUGCAGUACCCUCAGCAACAGAUGGGAUCUCAGUACAGUCAGCAGCAGCAGCAGCAGCAGCAGCAGAACAUUGGUGGUUACUGUCAGCCGGGCCAGCCCCCAUACUUCAGCCCCCCACAGCAGCAGCCAGCUGCCCCCAGCCAGCCGCCGUACAUGCAGCCCCGCCCACUCCCACAACAGGAAGUGCCGCAGGAGGCGUACGGGGGCCGGGGCCAGUCUGCCGCUAUGACUCCUGGUAAACCAAACCAUGAGGAGAUGAGUCUGAGCCAACAGGAGAGACCGUCCAGCCUGCCGGACUUGUCCGGCUCAAUCGAUGAUUUGCCGACCGGCACUGAGGCUGCGGUGAGUUCAGGGGCAUCGGGAUCCGGCAGCACUCUGGGCGACCAGGGGACUCCGGCCCGUUCUCCUUUUUCCCCCCAUGUAUCGCCUCGACACCCCCCGCCAGCUCGCACCGGGCCAUCACCCUCACCCUCACCGUCCCCCGCUGGGUCCAGCAGCCAAUCACGAUCUGGACCACUGUCCCCCGCCACCAGCGGACCAGGCGCUCAGUUGACCCCUCAGGUCUCUGGUCCUGGAUCAGAUGUCGGCCCUCAUUCCUCCCAGUCUGCCAUGACUCAGGACAGAGGUUUCCCUCCUUCCAUGCAGCGUAGUACCGCAGGGCCCCAGUUUGGCCCUCAGCAGUCAGCCCCACCUAUGUCCCCUCACCCAGCACCGGGGGGGCCCAUGCACCACGGUUCCUACCAGCAGGGCAGCUCAUAUGGCCAGUAUGGACCCCCAGGUAACUACCCCCGGCCCCCCCACUAUGGCGGGGCCCCCAGUGCCAACUACAGUGGCCCGGGCCCUGGCCCCAGCUUAGCCAACAGCCUGGGGUUGAAUGCCAGCAGUCCGAUGCACGGUCAGGGCCCCUCCACCCCAGCAGGUCGUGGCCCGGGCCCCGGUGCAGGGGGGCGACCCUACCCCGCUGGAGGGAGCACCAUGGCCCCCACCUCCCCGGGUAUGCCACAGCCCGCCGGUCAGGGCAUGAGGCCUCCGGGGCCCAACGCAAGUCGCAAACUGCCAGACGUCGGCCCCAGUGCCGGGCCCAGUGCCAACUCCUCCUCCUCGUCCACAGCUGCUGCUCAGAGCAGGCCUCCCUUCGCUCGGUCGCCCGUCUACCACAACCAGUCCUGGCCCGGGGGUCGACCUUCCCUCUCUCCUACUCUUCAUCCCUCCCACCCUCCUCACCCUCACCCCCACCACCACCCUCCUCUUCCCCACCCUCCUCACCACUCCCAACAGGGCACCAAUGCUGUGCAGACCCCCCCUGAGCAUUAUGGGCAGGGCAGCUACCCGGGCAUGGCACCAAUGGGAGGAAUGGGCUCCGGAGGUCCUGGAGGUCCUGCAGGUCCCUACACCCAGCAACCAGGCAGUAACUCCGGGAGGAUGACGCCACAGGGACCCUCCUACAACACCCCGCCUUCAGGUCCCAUGAUGAUGCCAGCUGAAGGGAUAGGUGCUCAUCCAGAUACCAAGCAAAGGGUUGAGCUCAGCAAAGAGAGCGUCGGCCCUGCCACCGAACCGCCCAAACCCAAGGACAGCUACAGCUCUCAGUGUGUGUCCCAGCCCCCCACCCCCUCCCCCAUGUCCCCCAGCUCAGCUAGUCUGUCCUCCUGUCACGGGGAGGACAGUGAUAGCAUUAGCAGCCCUGCCUGGCCCAAGACACCGACCAGCCCCAAGGCCAGCGUGGCCACCAUGACCAACGAGAAGAUCACUCGGCUGUACGACAUGGGCUCUGAGCCGGAGAGGCGGCUGUGGGUGGACCGGUACCUGGCCUUCAUGGAGGAGAGGGGGACACCCGUCCCGAACCUGCCCGCUGUUGGGAAGAAGCCGCUUGACCUGUGCAGACUUUACCUGUCCGUCAGAGAGAUAGGAGGCCUGGCCAUGGUGAACAAGAAUAAGAAGUGGAGGGAGUUAUCGUCCCUGUUGAACGUGGGGACGUCCAGCAGCGCGGCCAGCUCUCUGAAGAAGCAGUACAUCCAGUACCUGUUUGCCUAUGAGUGUAAAGUGGAGCGCGGAGAGGAGCCUCCACCUGAGGGCCCGGGGCCUGCCGGAGACUCCAAGAAACCUCCGUCACUCCAGGCCAAGAUCCAGCCGCCCUCCCCAGCCAACUCGGGCUCCCUGCAGGGCCCCAACACCCCUCAGUCCAGCAGUAGCUCCCUGACCGAAGCCCCCGGAGACCUGAAGCCCCCGACACCUGCCUCCACCCCGCACAGCCAGAUGGGCCCCCAGCCUGGAAACAGGAUCAUUGGAGGAGUGAGCAUCCAGGACCCGUUUUCUGAAGGCAGCGAUCCAGCCUUCCACAACAAGCGAGGCCCGGGACCCGGCGGCGCCCCUUACCACCAAGCAGGAGGUCCAACAGACCCAUCCAUGAGGAUGCAGUACGAUGCCAACAAAGAUGCGUACGGAGGACUGCGGAAAGGUCCGGGGCCCGGCGAGGCCUUCGGUCCCGGUCAGAUGCCCAGCGGUGCCAUGCAGGACAUGUACCCACGCGGGCCACCCUCCGGGCCACUGGCAGGGAUGGGCCCCAGACCCCAGUACCCCUACGGCCCCGGAUAUGAGCGGAGGCCGGACCAUGUGAUGGGGCCUGAGGGGGGCAUGGCGCCCCCCGGAGGUCAGAACAGCAUGGGUCAGACUGGAAACGAGGCUAACAUGUACCCCACCAACAGAUACCCCCACCAGAGACAUGGACAUGACGGCUAUGGGCAGCAGUAUCCUCAUGGCAUGGCCUACAGUUCCCAUCAGCCCCUGUACCCUCAGCAGCAGGGUUACAAGCGUCCGAUGGAGGGGAUGUAUCCUCCCUCUAAGCGUCAUGAGGGGGAGGGGUUCGGUGUGCAGCAGUACAGCUCUCAGCAGCCCGACAUGUUCGGCCCCCCCUACGGAGGUGGAGGUGGGGGCUACAUGGGCCCUGAGCGGCGGCCGGUCCAGGGCCAGUUCCCGUAUCCAUACAGCCGGGACCGCCAGGGGCCUCCGCAGCAUGGAAUGAUGGGCUCAGGACCGGCGUCAGUGUCAGGCGGACCCGGGGAGGGGCCACAGGCCAACAUGUGGCACCCCAGGACAGAUAUGGGCUACACAUACAACAGACAGGGCCAGGGGCCCCCCUACCCCAGCAUAAACCGCGUGGAUGACCAGGAGGGCAGGGCCCCCCAGGACAGCCAGUGGCCCCCCAGUCAUCCAGGCCAGCGCCAGCCACCAUAUCCCCCCCACUCUUCCUCUUCCUCCUCCUCCUCAUCCAUGCCCCCCCUGCCAUCAAGACAGCCCCCCUCGUCCUUCCAGGCCACCCCCGCUGUCCCUAACCAUGUGAACCGCUCUCACAGCCCCUCCUCCUUCCCGCGGCCCCUGGGGGGCUCUCUGUCCCCCAACAGCGCCCCCUACCUGCCCUCUAUGAAGAAGCCAGGGCUCCCUGGUGUCCCCCCAGUCCCCCCGCCCACUCAGGGCCUCCCCCUCAUUAAUAGAGAGGUCACCUUUCCCUCCAGCUCCGUGGAGGCCACCACCCCCAAACUGAAGCCACGACGGAGGCUCACCGCCAAGGACACAGGAACCCCGGAGGCGUGGCGAGUGAUGAUGUCACUGAAGUCCGGCCUAUUAGCAGAGAGCACCUGGGCUCUGGACACCAUCAACAUCCUGCUGUAUGAUGACAGCACCGUGGGCUCCUUCAGCCUCACACAGCUGCCUGGUUUCCUGGAGCUCAUUGUGGAGUUUUACCGCCGCUGCCUCAUCCAGAUUUUCGGGAUCCUGGAGGACUACGAGGUGGGAACCGAGGGCCAGAGGACAGUGCUGGGGCCCCUGCCCAACCCCUCCAAGGAGGAGAAGGAGGUGCUAAAGGAGCCGCUGGCUGCCGCCUCCGAGUCUUAUGGCCAGUCAGCUGAGGAGAAGAAGAUACAGAGGUCAGCGGAGGAGAUAGAGGAGACGUCACCGCUGCUCUUGACUGCUCCCGCCAUCAAUGCUGAGGAGGCAAAGAUCAGCGAACCGGUUGUCAAAGAGGAGGUGGAGGUGAAGGAUGAGCAGAAGGAGCAGGCAGCAGAGCCCCGCCCCCAACAGGCCAGCAAGUAUGACAAGCUGCCAAUCAGAGUGGAGGAGAGGGGGGAGGAGUGGGAGGAGGUGGAGGAGCGCUGGGCCAAGCUCAGCCGACCCAACGGCUUCAUCAGCGGCCUCCUGCACUGGAAGGCCGGGGGAGGAGACUCCACCGCUCACAUCCAGACACACUUUGAACCCUGCACGGGAGACUCCGCCCCCCCGAACCCGGCGCAGAGGGAGGAGAGCAGGGGAGGAGACGAGGAGAGGGAGGGAGGAGGUCAGGAGGAAGCGGAGAGGAACCUGCCAGCCGCGGAGGAAACGCCACCUGAAACACAACAAGGCUCCAUGUCUGAGGUCGGAAGUCAGAGGUCACCGGCUCAUGGCGAGACGGCUCAGAGUCCCAUCAGCCAGCUAGAAGACGAGCCUCGCUGCUGGGACGAGGCUCCGCUGUCCACGGCCGAGUCCUGGCAGGACUCUCUGGCCAAACGCUGCGUCUGCAUCUCCAACAUCGUGCGCAGCCUCUCCUUCGUCCCCGGCAACGACGCCGUGUUGUCGCGGCACCCCGGCCUGGUGCUGAUCCUGGGCCGGCUGGUGCUGCUGCACCACCACCACCCCCGCAGGAAACGGACACCGCCCACCUACCAGCGGGAGGAGGAGCAGGGUCUGGCCUGCAGCCGAGACGAGUGGUGGUGGGACUGCCUGGCGGCGCUCAGGGAGAACACGCUGGUGACGCUGGCUAACGUCUCGGGCCAGCUGGACCUGUCGCUGUACCCAGAGAGCAUCUGCCUGCCCAUCCUGGACGGGCUGCUGCACUGGAUGGUGUGUCCAUCCGCCGAGGCCCAGGACCCCUUCUCCUCAGCGGGCGGCUUCUCCUCGCUCACCCCUCAGAGACUGGUGCUGGAGUGUCUGUGCAAGCUGAGUAUCCAGGACAGCAACGUGGACCUGCUGCUCGCCACGCCGCCUUUCAGCCGCCAACAGAAGCUCUUCGCCACGUUAGUGCGCCUCGUAGGUGAGAGGAAGAGCCAGGUGUGUCGGGAGAUGGCGGUGGCCGUCCUGUCCCACCUUGUGCAGGGCGACUCCAUAGCUGCGAGGGCCGUCACCCUGCAGAAGGGCAGCGUGGGAACUCUGAUCAGCUUCCUGGAGGACAGCGUGGCCAUGGCUCAGUACCAGCAGAAUCCACACAGCCUGCUGCACGCCGCCACGCCACCAGAGCCGCCCAGCAUCAACAUGAUGUGCCGCGCUGCCAGGGCGCUUCUGGCCAUGGCGAGGGUGGAAGAGAACCGGACGGAGUUUGUUCUGUACGAAAGCAGGCUGCUGGACAUCUCGCUGUCGGCCGCCCUCAACUCCUCUGUGGCGGCCAUCAUGUGUGAAGUACUGUUUAAAAUUGGCCGCUCGUGACACGAACACCGCCAUGGAGCGUGCUCAGUGGCGCUGGAAGCAGCUCCACCCAUGUGACGAACUGGCUCCUAUUAUAUUUUUAUUUAAAGAACGGAACACAAAGUUUUUACAUACAAAUGAAUAUAUAUAGAAUAUAUAUAACUCGUCGGCUCCAUCCGCAAAUGUUUAUUUGGGAUUUUUAAGUAAUUUUAAUACAAAAAUAUUUAAUACUUGUAUUUUUAAUUUUUUAUUCUUUUGUCAGUUUGUUGUUUUGUUUUGUUUUAACCAAAGUGUGACAGUGGAGAACGCUCGGGUUCUGGCUCUCUUUGUGUUUUAAACUGACGUGGUCGUUUCUUUCUGUUUGCGGGGCUGUUUUGGGGGGGUGGGGUUAGUUAUAUUUGGGGCAGGGUCAGAUUUAUUUAAACAGUGACACAUGUUGUAGAUAGGCCUCUCUUUUCUCAUGACAGAGGAAAACUGAUGUUCAGUCGUGUACUUUGUUCUGGUGCAAUAGGUUUGUUUUGGGCGAUAUUUUAAAUGUGAAUUAUUUGACCAUCUGCAGUUUGACCAUCAGUAUUUUGCCAAACCACAGCAGUAUCAAGCGAGGGAGGUUGGGGGGAGGGGGGGGGGCGUCACUUUCUGUUUUUAAGAACUUUUUCUGUCUCUUCCACAAUCAAAUCUAAAUUUCUCUCCACCGUCUUCAUCCUCCUGUAAAUAGACGAUGUACAUUUGAGCUCCAACAGGUGGCGUCAUGACCCGCUGACGGUCGCUGGUAACGAAUUAAUGUUCGUCAUUUAUAAUCACAACUCUGCUCACCUGAAGGUUUUUGUUUCUCUCUUCCCAGCAGGUGAAGAUGUUUUUUUUUCUGUAUUUAAGGAGAAACCUUCGUUUUCAAGAUGUUUUAUGCAGUCUGGUCCGGGGGGGGGGUGCGUUUGAUUUGAAAGACUGUGUGUACAGAAGGUUGGGGGGGGGGACUUUACUCACCAUGUUGCUAACUGACAUGACUUCAAAAACCGUUAUAACAAAUAUAAAGAGAUUAAAAAAAAAAAAAAAAAGAGUCUCUACAUCCAGAACAUCUCCUGUUUGAUUUGACAGACGUUGUUUCUUCAGUAUGAGAUCUUUAUAUGUUCCACAACAUGUUAAAGAAUAAACGUACAUGAACUCUGGUUGAGCACUGUGAA